AACACGUGAAGAACGAACGCCGAGACGAAGAAUCAAACAAAAAAAUUUAUAAAUAAAUAUUUUUUUUCCAGAUGAAGAUGGACAAAUCCAUCACCCGAUAUAAGCUUCGAUCAAAUUUUCUCUUCUAUUCCUUCAGAUCUCUCCUUCUCCAUCUCUAGGGUCCUUCAGAGUUCGGUCAAAUCCAUCCAUGGCGAAAUCGAAGCACCACCUUCGUCAGCCGCGGAAAUCUUCGUCGCCGUCGACUCAGGCCUUCACCGUUCUCAUCUUGCUCACCUUCGUGAUUCUGGUUCUUCUCGGCCUCGGAAUUCUCUUUAUUGAAAAAACUUAUUUCUUACGUUUCGAUAUAUCAUUAUGUGUAUAUUUGUCAAUAUUUCAAAGGAUAAAGUGGAAAAAUGACAUCAUUGGAGCAUUUAUGAAAUUAUCAAACCAAAUCCAUCCGACCAGGAAGUUUUGUUUUCUAAAAUUCAUUAUCAAAUCCCAAAACUCCAUCACCACCACCUUCACAUUAAAAAAGAGCGAGGAGAGGAAGAGUUACGGAGAACACGAGAAUGGCGAGCGUUGGGUUGAAGUGAUUUCGUGGGAGCCCAGAGCUUUCGUUUACCACAAUUUCUUGUCCAAGGAGGAGUGCGAGCAUCUGAUCAGCCUUGCCAAACCCAAUAUGGUGAAAUCUACUGUGGUUGAUGAGAAAACUGGUGGAAGCAAAGAUAGCAGAGUUCGGACAAGCUCAGGAACCUUUCUUAGAAGAGGACAGGACAAAAUCGUUGAGGAGAUUGAGCAAAGAAUUUCAGAUUUCACCUUCAUUCCCGUAGAAAACGGGGAAGGCCUUCAAGUUCUUCACUAUGAGGUUGGGCAGAAGUACGAGCCACAUUUCGACUAUUUCUUGGACGAGUUCAACAUCAAGAACGGAGGACAGAGAGUCGCUACUGUCCUGAUGUAUCUUUCGGAGGUUGAAGAAGGUGGUGAAACCGUGUUCCCGGCUGCCAAAGGAAACAUAAGCGCAGUGCCAUGGUGGAACGAGCUGUCUCAAUGUGGAAAAGAGGGACUCUCAGUCAUGCCAAAGAUGGGAGACGCAUUGCUUUUCUGGAGCAUGACACCCGAUGCCUCUCUAGACCCUUCAAGUUUGCAUGGUGGUUGUCCGGUGAUCAAAGGAAACAAGUGGUCAUCCACGAAAUGGUUCCACGUCCACGAGUUCAAGGAUUGAAAAAAAGGCCCUCCUCCUCCUCCAUGAGCUAAGCUUCAUUCACGUGUAGUAUGAAACUUGCAUUAUUACAUCCUCGUACGGAUCUAAACACUCAGCUCAGUCCUAUCAACUCCAGUAACUGUUGUUACUCUUUGUCCUUGUAGCCAUCCUCCUUUCUCUUCCACGCACUUGGUUUCUGUAUAUAUAUAUAUAUAUAUAUAUAUAUAUAUAUAUAUAUAUUUAGAGAGAUCGUCAACACCUUCGUUACAAGAAACAGCACACACUCUGGCUAAAGAUACCAGACCGGUUAUAUCUGUUUGGUUUAACUUGGGGGUUUGGUUUAAUUUGGUUAUUGAAAAAACUUAUUUCUUA